ACACUUUCUGCCAACUGGGAGAAAAAUCAUUAUUUGAGGAUCUCUGAAGAUAUUCUGACCAAAGCAGCACAACACGGAGGAUUCUGCUGGAAAGGGCACAGCAUGCACACAGACGAGCCGCUGAGAGACGUCAGUCCCCGACAGGUGAAGGUGAUUCAUUUCUCUAGUGGAGAGACUCUGACUGAGGAAGACUGUGAGGAAGAGGAGGCACAACAUCAGCUUCAUCAAGCGCCCAGUGUUUCUGACCCGGGAACCUGGACAUGGAAGGAUUAUUCUCGGUUUUGGGGAACACAGAUUUUGAGAAAGUCCUUGACAUUUUGUGAUUUUCUUGGAGAGAAAAUGGCUGGUUUGCUGGGUCUAAACGCUGCCAAAUAUCAGUAUGCUGUUGACCAGUAUCAAAGAGAACAUAAGGUAGCAAUUUGUGAUUUUCUUGGAGAGAAAAUGGCUGGUUUGCUGGGUCUAAACGCUGCCAAAUAUCAGUAUGCUGUUGACCAGUAUCAAAGAGAACAUAAGAAUGAAACAGAAGGAGAAGUGUUAAUAGAAGAAGAGGAGAUAAUUAACCUGUCAAAAAUAGCAAGCAAACAGUAUGGAGCCACAAAUGUGCAGGACCCGACACAACAAACCCUGGAAGAAACGCUACGAUAUAAAGGGGAGCAGAACCAAGGAUCAAGGAUCCAAGAUCUAAAAAAAAAGUGA